AAUAUUUUAUAACCAUUUGAGUUAUCUAUCAGCUAUUAUGUGUUCAUAAAAUAUGCAAAUAUAUGGAAUGUCGUCUGGAAGUUAGGAUUGAUUCUCACCUAGUGCCUAAGGUGGACAAGUUUCGGUAUCUUGGCUCGGUAGUUCAGGCUGAUGGGGAGUUAGACGGGGAUGUUGGGCAUCGUGUUGGAGUGGCUUGGGCCAAAUGGCGGUUGGCUUCAGGGAUGUUGUGUGAUCCGAAGAUUUCGCCCAAGAUGAAAGGUGAGUUCUACCGGUCCUUAGUCAAACCUGCUAUGUUAUAUGGGGCAGAGUGUUGGGCAGUUAAGAUGACUCAUGUGCGUCGUCUACAUGCGGCAGAGAUGCGAAUGUUGCGAUGGAUGUGUGGGAAGACAAGGUUGGAUAGGAUUUCGAACGAAGUUAUCCGACGUCAGGUAGGCAUGGCGCCGGUGGAAGAUAAGCUGUGGGAAGCGAGGUUGAGAUGGUUUGGUCAUGUGAGACGGCGGAAUGCGGACGCCCCUGUACGGAGAUGCGAGAGGAUUACGGUCAUCGGGGGAAGUAGGGGUGGGGUAGACCUAGGAAGAAUUGGAAUGAGGACUUUCAUUCCAUUGUACUUGGUGUUUUAUCUGUGUUCUAUUGUGCCCUAUCAUAUUUUUUGUGCAGGUGCAGCGAAGGUGAGAAGAAACUGGGGGAGAAACAUACCUGCGGCGGUGAGUGGCAGCGAAGGUGAGUGGCGGCGAAGAAGAAACGGGGGAGUGGCGGCGAUUGGGGAAGAAGAAAUGGAGAGCGAAGAAGAAGCUGGGGUGGGGGAAUCGAAGGAAUGAGUAAGAAACCCGGGUAUAAGUCGGGGAAUGGGAAAAGCGUGAAACGGGUAAUCAAAAACUUAAAAAUAGGGUAAGGGAAUGAAUUUUUUUUUAAAACAAACUACAACAAAGGGAAUGAGGGAAUCCCAUUCCGUUUCCCCAUUCCCUUACCCCGAACCAAACGCCCCCUAAGUAUAUACUAAUACACGGUUAUUACAAAUGACAAUACAAAAAAAAAUUAGUGGAUACACAUUAGGAUACUAUGACUAAAGCUUUUUACUAAAA